AUGGCGUACUCGAGUUAUGAAAACAGCGCUCAGAAUUUCUCUGAGGAGGCAUUAGAGGAAGAAACUGUGGUUCUCACAUUGGUUCCAGUUAAUGAAGAAACUAAUGAAGAACAUCGGGUGGAACCAAGUGUUUCCUCAACUUCAGAAGUUGGCCUGGAGAUGCCUGGGACAAACGAUAAAGUUUGUCAUCUUCAAAUGAAUGAACAAUUCAAGUCUUGUCCAAAACACAGUUGUUGUAAUACACCGAUCCUUCCCUUGCCAACCAGUUUGCCUCCAGUUAAUAAAGUACGUUGGGACACUUUGCGAAACUGGUGCCAACAAUUUAAUUUGAGUACCGAUGGCCGGAAAAGAGAUGUUUAUUUGAGGCUCCAGAAACAUGCUUACUCUGAAAUAAAUGAGAAUAUUCCUAAAACAUCACCAGAGGCCCAAUUGCAGUCAUGUUCGACAAAAUGCAAGAUGGCAACCAAGAGAGCAAGGAUUCGGAAACGUUGUAAGAAGAGUGAAAGAGAGGAAGGGAUUAAUAUAGUUGAAGUGAUAACUUCAGCACAAGAAGGCAUGUUGGCAGCGUGGUCAAGAAUUGCUGCAAGAGCCAGUCAAUCCAAGUCUGUGAAUUCACGUCCCAUUCCUGUUUCCGUUGAGACUUUUCUCCUGCAAGCCUCUGGUGUCAGGUGGUGUGUGGUCCAUGGCAGACCUCUCUUGGCAGACACAAAAGGUUGGGUUCGCCUGCAGUUUCAUGCAGGUCAGGCCUGGGUGCCUGACACCCCCAAGAGGAUGAUUUCUCUCUUCCUGUUGCCCGCCUGUACUUUCCCAUCCCCAGGCCUUGAAGAUAAUAUGUUAUGCCCUGAAUGUGCUAAGAGGAAUAAGAAGAUAAUGAAAAGAUUAAUUGCAAUGGGGAAGGAGAGGCGACGUGGCUUGAAUACAUCAACAUCUUUCCCUUUGAGUGGGCCGUAUCUUAAUAAAGAAUAAAUGGUGGAGAUCCUGUGGCUACUAUUGAUUUUCAUCCCAGUGACUGUCCUGCUCUGUCCUGACCAUGCUCAGUGUUGCCUGAGGCCUUGGGCACAGAUGUGAGUGUCUAGAUUCUGUGCUUGAGGUUUGCCAAGACGUGACUGCUACUGCUACUUCAAGUAUUUAGUUAUAUAGAAUAUAACUUAGUUCUGUUUUCAUUCAUAGGUUUUUAAAGUAGUUUUAGGCUUUCAGAAAAAAUUGAGCAGAAAGUACAGAAUGAAAUACUGCCUCAACUCCUUCCCCUGCUACCAAAAUCCUUCACCAGACUGAUGCAGGUGUUGAACCUACAUUGACUUAUCAUUAUCAUGCAAAGCCCAUGGCUUACAAGAGGAUUCACUUUUUUUUUGUGUAUGGGUUUUGACAAGUGUAUAAUGACCACCUACAUCCACCAUUAUGGUGUCAUCAAAAUAGUUUCGCUACUCUAAAACUUUCAUGUUCUAUCUACUCAGUAGUUUCUUACCAUCAACCCCUGACCACUGAUCUUUUUACUGUCUCCAUGGCUUUGCCUUUUCUAGAAUGUUAUGUAUUUGGAAUCAUAAGAAGCCUUUUCAGAUUAAC